AUGGUAACAUUAUUUUUUGUCUCUUUCAGGAUAAACGUUCACCUGGUUAAUUCAAGUAUCGGCGAUAUCUCGGUAUAGUACUUAAAUUUCCUCAUAUCACACCAUCCAGAUAACUACGAGACAUCCCUCUAAAACAGCCACAGUACUGUUGCUUUUACCAUUAAAUGGUGAAAAUGUAGACCAAAAAUAGAAAAAUGGGCGAUGGGCAGUGUGCAUUGGUACAAAAAUGGACCAUAACUGAACAAAAACGAUAGGCAAGAUGCAUAGCGACGAGUAAACAACAAGUUUAUUCACUGGAGUAUUCUGAGUAACGACAGCUUAAUACGGGUACUCAAUACAUAACCACAAAAAUGAAGACAAUUCUAGUAUUUAUUAACCAGUGUAUCCAGUGAACAUUGAGAUCAAAGCAGUCACCAUCAACUAAUACUUAUAACUCUGGUUUGGUAAGCAUGUUCAUUGCUGGUGAUGCCAUGACAUUACCUCGCUGAGGUAAGUGUCAGUGAACUUUACUGAAGUCAGGCCAAGUUUUACAUCUAGCUUGUAAGAUCGCUGCUGUGUAAAGUUGUUGACUGAGUAGCUCAAUGUCUCAUUACGCAGAUCGACGUGAAGUUGCUGCAGAUUGCCUUGGAUGUGUUUGCGGACACAAUCAUCCUAAAACAGUUAAAUGGUAAAACGCCAAUAUUCCCCUCUGGUUUUGUUCAACUUUGCUCGUGAAUCGCACCGUUUGUACAUACACCUCUUCUUCUAUUCAUGCCAAAUCACCUUCACUGCCUCGUUUUAAACGAAAACUACUUUUGAAUUCUGCUGAUAUAUUGGAGACAUUAGGGCUAAAAAGCACAAACAUAAAAGAACAAUAACGCCGUCUCUAUAGCCCACGUUCGAUGUAUUAAAAUUAUGGUAUGACUCCGAGAUUUUCUGGUCAUUUUCCUAUAUUUUGUUUAAUUUUCUUUGUGCUUAAGUCUCUUCUGAGAAUUACGACACAAUGAAGUCGUAAACAAUUUGCAAUUUCGACCGUGAGGCCUCGGAGCCAUGUUAGAUUUUAAUAUAUCGAACGUGGGCUAUUGAUGAGGGAGUUCUAUGCGAACCUUAUUUUCUAGUUCUUUUUAUGAUAUUUCUAAUCACUUUAUGAAUACUUAUUACAACCUCGUAAGAGGCAACUUGUGUCAAUAAAUUCAGAUAGAAAGACAAUAUUAUAAGGCACCUGUGGUAUCUGCACUCUUGAGUACAGACCUUCUUUAGCAAAACUGUCGAUACCUAUGCUUUCUCCACGCUCGCUGAGUCACAAAAAAGUGGUUGAAGAAUAUACAACGGUUUUACUUGUGCGUGGUGUUUUUAUCUGUCAAAGAGCUUUCCCCGCCAAAUAAGAUCUUUGGUGCACUAGUUUACUUUGACUGUGUCAUUGUUACCUAACAAUCAUAUUCAUUUUGUUUUUCUUAGAAAUCGGUGAGAAAGGUUUUCCUUUGCCAGUUGUAGACGGUGUACAACUGGUAAACCCGGAAGUAACACGUGGACAGGUAAAGAACGUUUUUCGGUUUUGCAAAAUAGGUUACUAAGAGAUAACAUGCUUUACCUUCAUACAUGCCUUCGCAGCUAUAUUUAAUAGAACCUUUCAUGCUAUUUCUUCCACCGCUACUAGCUGCUACUACGUUUAUGUUUGUUUCGUGUUCUUAUGCUUGCGUCGAAUGAGUAUAGGAGGCUAAAUGAUCAAACUUCUUGCUCUCACGUGCUUAUCUAAGUGAGCAGUUAGCAACUCUCUGGGUCGGUUAUUUAAACAGAUUUUAACCAAUUAAUCAAUUUUAGUAUGUCCAACGCUUUUAUCAAACCGUUCCAUGAAAGAAUAUAGCGUAGACUGGAAAGAUUCGGAAAGAUACUUUAAAAAAAAGCCACUAAAGAAGAGAUAUUUCUUAAACUGCAGCUUAGGUUAGACUUCUUUUAAAUGACCGACCCUCUGUUUUCAAGUCUAAUAAACCAAAAAAUUUUGAUUUGUUUGAACAGAACUUCAACCUCAUAGCAACUGACUUUAAGUACGCACCAACUAAGAAGGCUGGUCUGAGGGGAAGCGAGGAAGCAAAGAAUAAUAUAAUUGUAUUUUAA